UGAGUGUGUCACAGGCGGGCAGUGGCCGGGACUGGUAUAGUGGUGGCAGCGGCCUACGCCUGGGGGGUCGGGGCUUAACAUGGGGGGCUCGAACAGCGUAGAAAUUCCUGGAGGAGGAACCGAGGGCUAUCAUGUUUUGCGGGUCCAGGAGAAUUCCCCAGGACACAGAGCUGGCCUGGAGCCAUUCUUUGAUUUUAUUGUUUCUAUUAAUGGAAUUAGACUUAAUAAAGAUAAUGACACGCUUAAAGAUCUGCUAAAAGCCAAUGUGGAGAAGCCUGUGAAGAUGGUGGUGUACAGCAGCAAGACACUGGAACUGAGGGAGACAUCAGUGACUCCAAGUAAUAUGUGGGGUGGGCAAGGAUUACUGGGAGUCAGUAUACGCUUCUGCAGCUUCGAAGGAGCCAAUGAGAACGUAUGGCAUGUAUUGGAGGUAGAACCAAACUCUCCAGCAGCACUGGCUGGGCUGAGAGCCCACAGUGAUUACAUAAUUGGAGCUGACACUGUAAUGAACGAGUCUGAGGAUCUGUUCUCCCUUAUUGAGACACAUGAAGGGAAACCUUUAAAACUUUAUGUGUACAACACAGACACGGACAACUGUAGAGAAGUUGUCAUCACGCCAAACACUGCAUGGGGUGGUGAGGGCAGUUUAGGGUGUGGUAUUGGCUAUGGUUACCUCCAUCGGAUACCAACGAGACCCUUUGAAGAAGGAAAGAAUAUCUCUAUGCCUGGGCAAGUUCCAGGGGCCCCAGUGAGUCCUCUAAAAGAUGGCUUUACAGAGGUGCAGUUGUCUGUAAAUUCCCCUCCUACUUUACCGCUUGGCACUGCAGGAAUUGAAGCAAGCAUGUCUGGGCUGUCGAUUGGUGCCAGUUCCCCUGUAGUUAGUAGUGCGAUUAAUGCAGGUUUGCCUACCGUGCCAGUGAUAACGCCCCAGAUAAAUCCUUCUCUCGCUCCUGUCGCUUUGAACCCAGCCGUAUCUCUUCCAAGUAUCAUGCCAUUAUCCACUGGACUCCCUCACCUGCAGAAUCUCCCCAAUCUUCCCAACAUUAACAUGCCUGCUCCACACUUAAUUCCACGCACAGGACUGCCAGACCUAUCACAAGCCGUUGCAGGUUUGCCGCCCCUUGGACCAUUGCCACAUUUAAAUCUGACAGGAAUGCCACCUCUCCCAGUUCCUUCUCAGUUUCCUGCAUUUCCCUUAGCGCCAAUGGUUGGUGACAUACCUCCUCCUUUGCUGGACCACUCCCUGGCACCCACCACAGAACAUGUAACUGCACCUGCCGAAGAUGCCACCCUUCCCAUCACAGAGAAACCUGUAAUCCGCAGCACAGAAGCAAGCACCAAUGAAUCGUAAUAACUCUGAACCUUGUCUCUGAGUUGGAUGGGCUUAAAGGGGAACUUUCACAUUAGAAUUUACUUUUGAGUAUGACGUACAUUGAUAUUCUGAGACAAUUUGCAGUUUCUCCUUCUGCUUCUUGAAAUUUUAAACAUGCAAAAUGAUAAAUGUGAUUUGUCUCAGAAGAGCAUCGUACCCAUCAUACUACACAUACAUAUUUAUUUAGCCACUGAAUGUGUUUUCAGAACGCAGUCAUUCAUUUCCUACUAGUUUGUACUUAUAUGUAGGAGACCUGUAAAUAUAUAAAUAACGCUAGUGACGAGGGUCCUGAAGUAUGUAAGAAAACUGCAGAAGAAGGAAAUGCCAAACUCUUAAGUGGUUGUAAAUUAUUUUAGCCUAAGAGAAUUUCCAACGGAGGAAUAAGAAUAAUAAAGUUCCACGAUGUACACUCUUUAAUGUGUGUAUGAUUUAUGCAAUCCUGUAUGAAAGUUUAGUCUCGGGUGGGGGCUGCAUCGUGUUCAGGUCUCUAAAGGGUUAAAGUUGCUGCUUUGCUUUAAAUACAAAAACUACUGUAUCUGGCAUUGGAAAGAUCGGUCCGGCAAGGUGUUUUAAACAGAUCGCAGGGAUCUUAGUUCAAUCUGGGAUAUAUACUUUCAGCAAUAAAUUACUGGAAUUUUACUUUU